UAAAACCCGAAAGAUGGAGCCUCAGGUUCGCGCUCUGCGUUGUGGAUGCCGGAACCGAGAUUCAAAAAGAGCUUCCGGAGGUUCCAUACAAGUAAAUCCGAAAAAAGUGGGAGGGUCCACACCGCGAAUUGUUACGGCGAGGAAGAUAAAUAUAUUACUAAAGAAGACCUGGACAGAAGGCGGAUGGCGCUGCGGCCUGGCUCCCGCAGACCGACCGCCUUCUUCCAUGCGAGAUCGCUCGUACCGAACCUCCUUGCCUUCUUCCUGGGUCUCUCAGGGGCUGGACCAACACAUUUGCCGAUGCCCUGGCCUAAUGGCAGGCGACAUCGGGUCCUGGACCCCCACACGCAGCUCAGUACCCACGAGGCCCCAGGCUGCUGGAAGCCUGUAGCUCUGCGGGGGAUGAAAGCCUGCCCGCAGGUUCUCCUGGAGUGGUGAGCUUCUGCCGGAAGGGGGCGCCCUUGUCUUUUUAAUGGUCCUAACACACUCGUGGAAUAAAUCUCUAAGAUUCCA